AUGACGGGAUUUGAGAAUCACACUUCUGGCAGUGACUUUAUUCUCUUGGGACUGUUCUCUUUUUCCCAAACAAGUCUGGUGUUCUUCUCCUUUGUAUGUAUCAUUUUUGUUAUGACUAUAACAGAAAACACAGCCAUGAUUCGCCUUAUACAUAGGGACUUACGACUCCAUACUCCUAUGUAUUCGCUCAGCCAUCUCUCUUUCAUGGAUAUCUUGCGUAUUUUCAACAUUGUUCCUAAAGUGGUUGCCGACUUUCUGUAAGGCAAGAGAACAAAUUCAUUCGCAGGUUGUGGCUUCCAGAUAUUUCUGUCCCUCACUCUCCUGGGUGGUGAGUGCUUCCUCCUGGCAGUAAUGUCCUAUGAUCUCUACGUAGCCAUCUGUCAUCCACCGUGCUACCCCAUUCUUAUGAACGCGCAUGCCAGCAUUCUCAUGGCUGGUGGCUCCUGGCUUGUGGGGACAAUCAACUCCACAGUUCACAUAGCUUACACCCUCCACUUCUCUUUCUGUGGCUCAAGGGCCAUUGAUCACUUUUUUUGUGAAGUCCCAGCCAUGUUGAAGUUGUCCUGUGUAAACCCAUCACACUACGAACGAGGUGUUUAUGUAAGUGGUAUCAUCUUCCUAGUCAUAACUUUUUCCAUGAUCUUUGCUUCUUAUGUCCAAGUUCUCCUUACCGUCGUCCAGAUGAAAUCAUUAGAAGCACGGAGAAAGUCAUUUUCUACUUGUUCCUUCCACAUGAUUAUGGUCAUGAUGUACUACGGGCCAUUUAUUUCCCACCACACUCCAGGCCAGUAUAAGUUCUUGGCAGUAUUCUAUAACAUCCUCACGCCUACACUCAACCCUAUCAUCUACAGCUUUAGAAACAAAGAUAUUCUGGUAGCAGUGAAAAAUAUGCUUGAAGGUAACUUUCUGCCUAAAAGAUGA